AUGACGCGGACGACGGAUGGGACGCGCGGGGUGGCGGACGCGUCGCGAGAGGGGUGGACGACGCGCGCGCGCGGGGCGAGCGGACGACGGCGAACGGUGGGCGAGAGGUGGGCGCUGGACGACGCGACGCUCGGUCGAGGGUCGUUCGCGACGGUGUGGCGAGCGACGUGCGUGAAGACGGGGGCGGUGGUGGCGGUGAAGGAGAUCGCGUGCGAGCGGUUGAGUAAAAAGUUGAGGGAGAGUUUGAAACUCGAGGUGGAGGUGAUGCGAAGGAUGCGAGACGAAAAUAUUCUCCGGUUUAUCGAUAUGCAGAGCUCGAACGAGACGGUGUACAUCGUGUUGGAAUAUUGUGGGGGGGGGGAUCUGAGUCAGUUCAUCAAGAGGCACGGAAGGAUGGAAGAAAUCGCGGCGAGACGUUUCAUGCUUCAGCUCGCGAGGGGGCUCAAGGCGAUGCGCAAGGCGCAGAUCGUGCAUCGAGAUUUGAAACCGCAAAAUUUGCUGUUGACUUCGAACGAUUUGAACGCCGAGUUGAAAAUCGCUGAUUUUGGGUUCGCGAGAUACAUUCGCGACAGCGAAGGGAUGGCGGACACCGUGUGCGGGAGUCCGCUGUACAUGGCGCCCGAAGUUUUGAAUUAUCAGCGAUACGACGCCAAGGCGGAUUUGUGGAGCGUGGGGGCGAUAUUGUUUGAGAUGCUCGUCGGUACCGUGCCGUUCACGGGGCAAAAUCAAGUGCAGCUCCUGCGCAACAUUCAAAAGACCGAGUUCAAGAUUCCCAUCCACAUCGCCCAAGGGUUGUCGGCUGAGUGCAUCGACUUACUUCGCGGCUUGCUUCACCGCGACGCCGCGAAUCGCAUCUCUUUUGAAGAGUUUUUCAAUCAUCCGUUCUUGAAA